UGUGAAAGUUCAACAGCUUCUGCAUCCAGGACUAAUAGCCUCACAAGUUGUGUGGCCAUGAAGUCCAACAAAAUCCAAAUGGAUGAAGGUGUUUAGGCACUCUCAGAAGCUGUAGUAUACAAAGUAAAUAAUUUUAUAUUUUUUCUGCUCCUAUAAGUAUUUGCUCAUUAGAAGCGUGUUUCUGUCUUGGUUAAUGACUCAUUUGUUGAAACAGAUUCCAACCUGUUUUAUGCUGAAAUUAUAUUCCAGGAAAAGCCUUGUAUACAAGAGCCUCCCUGCAGAACCCGAAAUGCAGAUCCUUUACCCAAGCCACAAAAGCACAUGAAGCACAUGGAGCAGGAGCUCUCAUGAGCAGCAGACAUUGCCUUGCACGGCUGAAAAAGCCUGAAUCAGCAAACAAAAUAGACAACUGAAGAGUUCUGUGGGAAAUUCUAACCUGAAAUGAAAAUUAAAUCUGUGACUGGCAGAGGAAGCUGAAACAGAGAUUGGAUGUGUAGAAAAAUUGCUUCAUGCUUCUAGACAAUGUAAUUCAUGUUACAACUGGGACAGAAGAAUAUCAACAGCCAACAGCUAUUGGAUAUGGCACAUGGUACUUCUGGAUCAAGGGAAAGUGCUGAAAAGAUGUUGAUAGUAAAUUAUCGGAAAAUGCAAAGAAAACCCAUGAGAAAAGUGGCCGAAGAAGUGAAAAAUGAUGCAGGGGUGAGGCAAUAGAGACAUGCCUGAAAGCCUUGUGGUUGAAUUGGAAGCUUCUACUAUGCUGGAAAGUUACAGAGGCUUUAGAAAAUAUAAACAUCAGGGAAACUUCUGAACUGCAAAUGAAGCCAUGAAGAGCAAAGACAGAGUGCUCAUUACCAAGGCUGAACCAAAAAAGAGCUUGGUGGUGCAUUUCAAAGAACUUGUGACCAGGCUCAGCUUCACCACAUUUCAAAGUAACUAGGGAACCUGAAUAUUUUGCCCUUUUUUUUUUUUGUGGUAAGAACAGCAAUGGAAAGCACAGGCCAAAGGGAUCAUGCUCAAAAACAUAGAGCAAGCAAAGAGUGUCGGGAGAAAAGCCUCAAAUAAUGGGGAAGAAGUAAAUUAAUAAGUGUGAAGAACUGUUUGUGCCUAAAGAAUGAGAGCGUGGUCAAUGGGUUUAUGCCUAUGGUAAAGAUGCCACACAUUGGAGAGGUGUCCUUGCUUUGUGCUGAGAAAAGUCUUCUACAGUGAUAUGACACAGGGUGAAAGAUGCUGUGACUUUAGAAUUUGAAGGAAAACAAGCUGGCUUUGGAUUGUGUAGAGACUGGCUGAUCACACUGCAAAUUACCACAGAGUGACCGUUCUCCAUGAGAGGCAUCUUCUUUUGCCAUUGAUUUAACUGACCUCCAAAAGUCAUCACUUGGAUGAAGACACUUCCACAGUGGGACAUGCUUGGGAUCUGCAAAGUCCCAAGAAGAAACAUCAGAAACAUGCACAGUGCUCGGUGAGGGUAAGCAAAGGCACAGCAGCCAGUUCAGCUCAGAGGCUGCUUGGAAUUGUUUGCUGCUGUUUGGUGUUGGCAUGGACUGGUUAUGGAAUUCAGGCCUUAGUAUAGAUUCUGUACAUUGCCAGGGUAUAAAGGGACAGGGCACUGAGUUACUGUGAGAUGGCUCUGAUAAGCUGGAAAGGAAGACAGAUGUCCUGGCAAAGGUAGACGGAGCUUAGCCCCACAUCAGUUAACUUCAAUCCAUGCUCCUCAUAACACAGAUGUCAUGUUGAUGCAACGUCCUGAUAAUUUGGAGGAGCCAUCUUUUUUCUAGCAAAACUACCAAGAAGGAGGUGAGAUAAGGACGUGCAUUCAUAGCAUGAGUAGGCAUGGCAUAGGCAAAUAGGAAAUAAUGCAAACACAAUUGCAAUCCUGUGCUGCCGUACAGCUGGGACAGCUGGAAACGUCCCAAAGAGGUAGAGAGGAAAGUAGGUGCUUUUUCAAGAUGAGUAGUUGGCACAAGAUGGUAAAAUUUGUCUUGUUGCAAAAUUCUGCUGAAAAAUCCUCAAGCAGCAAUCUGUCAUUGAUGCUGUCAGAGAAAGUGCAGAGUCCUCAUGAAGUGGGUACUCCACAUUAGCAUUUCUCAGCCAGUUUUAGAUCAUACCCUCCUUUCUGAUAGCAAUCUGUGUGUGAUCUCUGCACUUAUAUACAAUGCUAUUCCCACACCAGGGUGAACACAUGGUCAGCUUCUCAUUAAAAGAAGCCUGCGGUGGUUAUAUUUUAUAUUAAAAAUAUAAUUUCAGUGAUAAUUCAGAUAGGGAUCUGUCCCCACCAGCCCUUCCCACAGCUGUUCUGCAGCGUUGUGGGUGCAGACAGGUGUUGUGUCAGUGCACAGCAGCAGGUGGGUGUAUAAUUCAUGCAUAUGGCAUCCCCAGCUUUCCACCCCCCCACCCCCCCCCAGAGUCAGUGUCUGAGGGAGGAGAUUUGCACGUGCACAUAAACAUUUCAGUGGGGGACGUGGCAGGGGAGCAGGGAUGGAGCUUGGAGCUUGCUCUGCAGGGGCCAGACAUGGUGGCCACCACAGCUUGGCCCUUUGCACACUUCUGUCCCAUCCCCUCAGGCUGAGGGGAGGCAGGGCAGACAGAGGGCUGGAGGUGAUCACUUCUGCCCCUCAUCCCCUAUGGAAAAGCUUCAUCUCGCUGUAUCCCAAAGUGUGAGAGUGCAUGCUUUAAAUGCCAGCAAUUUUGAGAUCAUCUAAAUCAUGCGAUAGAGACCAAUGAUGGAGAGAGCAAAAUUCCCCAAGAGAAUAUUUAAGGAGAUGCCUUAAUGGAGAGCAAGGUAUAACUGACCUCAAGACCAGCAUGGUACUAAAAGCAGAAGCAGCAUAUGGCAAAGAGAAGUGAAUACAGUUCACACUUUGUGCACUGGUGGGAGGAUGGGUGGAUGAGUGUUCACAGCAGUCAUGGAUGAUGAACAGACCUGGAGGGUAAUGUUCCUUUAAGAAAGUGACCUAAUCUCUAAUGUAAACUACCUAUAGAGGUAUGUAAACAUUUCCACUGGCUGGAAAAGUGUAUAUUCAACAGAUUUGUAAUCCCAUAAAACCCCAAAGGCAUGAUGGAAUGGAAAUGUGGAAAUGGGCUGUCUCAUGUCAGGUUUGCAGCAUGCUUCAGUCUUCAGUGUCUGAAAUCAGAUAGGUCAGCACUACAUUUUCUUUUGGAAAACCAGCUGGGUCUGUCAUAACCUAGACUUGUCUCUCAAACCAAUUAGUGGGGAUUUUUAAACAUAUAAAAAUAUGCUUAAGUUGUAUUUCAAUCCUUUUGGCUGGCUGGCUUUUAAAAUUUUCUUAUUGUUUAAAUAACUUUCAGAUUACAGCACAGUACGUGUUAAAUCUCUCAAGUAUACUUAAUUGGUUACUUUUUCCCCCCCAGCUUGCUGUGGGUAUCAAGCCAGGGAUUCCUGUCAAAACUGAGGUGAAUGUCACCACUGGAGGUCAAGUGAAGAUUCAACCUCAGGUGUGUUACAUGUGUUCACCUAACAAAGUGCCCCUAAUGGCAAACCAGCAGUCACCCCUUCCCAGCCUCCCAGACCCCCCUGAAUGUCAACUAGCUGUAGGUAUUUGCUGAAUGUGGAGUAGGUAAAUAGCCAAAGGUGGGCACUAAAGUGGGGAAAGUCAUUUGAGGCUUUUUGUUGACAGAGGGGGGUGUUCCACGUGUGAUAAAGCCCAACAGUAACCACACACUUUGUACUGCAGAGGUUAAAAAACCCUGUCCCGACUCAUUUUUGUCAUUGCCCAUUGAAAGCCAGUUCCACCAAAACUACACCCUAAGUUUUGAGGCAGGAAAUUCCAACUAUUUCUCAUAAAGGAGACUGUUCUUUUUUUCACCGUCCAGGAAAAUGUACUUUGAAGAUAUAAAAAAUUUAGCAGUUAAUUUUUUUCCUGGAGCCAGCGCUUGCUACAUCACAUCCAUUCCCAUUGCUGUCAAUCAUUAUCCAGCCAGCAUAUUGUUCAGAAGGUGGAGCUGUCAGGCAGAAGGAAUGAAAGGUAAGAAAGGGAAGGCUUCUGCUUCUUGCUGAUGCCAAGGGUAAGUGAGAUUAUGUCAAACCUUUAAACAGAGUCCCCUUUCUGUGCCCCACCCCCUGCUCCUAUAUAACACACACUGCAUUUAGCAAUACCUGCUUUCACCCAGCCGGUGGUGGGGUGUGAGUGCCUGCUCUCCACCCCAGCUGAUGGAUGCUCUGGCCAGCAGCCCCCUUGGGUGGCUCUGCGCAGGUGUCACCGCGCUCUUUGGGGCGACCGCGCUCUGCAGGGCCGAGAGGAGCCCCAUGGACAAAGCAAAUGUGCUGGUCUGGAGCCUCCUGCCUGCCUUGCUGGGGCUGCUCUGCGUGGCCCUGCUGGGGGCUGCUGGGGGGCUGGUGGUUUUUUUGGCCACGUGCCUCAUCUCCUCCAUGUACCUGGGCGGCCAAAUUCUGCUGCCUGUGGGUGACAAAGCCGUGCUCGUCACAGGAAGCGACACCGGGAUUGGACACGCACUGGCUAAAUACCUGGAUGGCUUAGGUUUUGUUGUGUUUGCUGGGGUUUUGGAUAAGGACGGACCUGGAGCUGAGGAACUGCAGCGGAGCUGCUCUGGGAGACUCUCUCUCCUGCAGCUGGAUGUAACCAAUGCCACUCAAGUCAAGGAAGCCUAUCUGAAAGUCUCAGAGAAGGUGCGAAGUACAGGACUCUGGGGUGUUGUGAACAAUGCAGGCAUCCUGGGCUUCCCUGCUGAUGGUGAGCUGCUCCCCAUGAGCAACUACAGGCAGUGCAUGGAGGUGAAUUUCUUUGGGGCCGUGGAAUUGUCCAAGACCUUCUUACCGUUACUUCGGAAGUCACGGGGGAGGCUGGUUAACAUGUCCAGCAUGGCAGGAGGCAUUCCACUACCGAGGUAUGCUGCGUACGGUGCAUCAAAAGCAGCCCUGUCCAUGUUUUCUGGAGUAAUGAGGCAAGAGCUUUCCAAAUGGGGAAUUAAAGUUGCUGCAAUUCAUCCGUCGGGCUUCAGAACAGGUAUACAAGGCACAUCCGACCUGUGGGAUAAGCAGGAAAAGGAGCUGAUGGAGAACCUCCCUGCAGACACCAGGCAGGCCUAUGGUGAGGACUAUCUCCAGGGGCUGAGGAGCUACCUCCUCCACAUGCCCACCUGCUGUGACCCCGACCUGUCCCCUGUGCUGGGCGAUGUCCUGCACGCUCUGCUGGCCAGGAGACCCCACGGGCUGUACACCCCUGGCAAAGGGGCUUACCUGCUCCUCUGCAUCUUCUGCUGCUUCCCUCUCUGGUGCUAUGACUUCUUCAUUAGCAAGAUGCUGAGUGCUGAGCCUGUUCCAAGGGAGCAGAGAACAUCAGAAGAUGAAAGCAAAAACCUCUAAGGUGUCCAUCAGCCUUUGUCUCACUUGAUGAGAUAGCUGGGAAAAACUAUUUAUUGUACUGUCUUUGUUAAGUUGAAUUUACACUGCCUUGCAAAGAGGUAAAUCUUUGUGUUAAGAGUAAUGUGGAAAAGCAGUGCAUAAACAGAAAUAGAAAGCUAUUCCCAGAUGGGGCAUUUUUUGAGGAAUUUCAGUGUUUUCCUAUGUCUUUAUAUCCUGGCCUCUUUAGCCACCAGUGUGCUUGUAGCAAAUGUGGGUGGAGUCCUUCCCAAAUCUUCAUUCAUGAAGCCUGGCCAUGAUGAUGAUGAAAUCCUGCCUUCUGUGUAAGGUAUCUCACAAAUUAUAUGGUGCCUGUCUGCUUCACAAAGGCAUCACCAGCACACAGACAGAUGCAUAGCCUGUUUCUGAAAACAAAACAACCUUGAGAGUCAAUAACCUUCUUAAAUGUUAUAAGGAGUUACAUAUAUUCCUAUCCUUGGAGACAUUUAGAAAUGUCUAAUGAAAGUCUUUCCCAGUGCAGCUGCAGCCUAAUAUGUUUGAGGUUUUGGUUCUGUUGCUGUUGAACUUGUGAAAUUAUUGUAUUUCCCCCCCUCCCCAAGUUUUGUGAUGUAUAAUUGUGAAGUUUAGAAUAUGUUCUCUUUGCUGACUAGACAACAUAAAUUAGUUGAGGGGGGGGGAAUGAAUGAAGACAGAUCAAGACCUUUGUGAAGAAAUAAACAAUUUCCUUCCUACAGUGA